UACUUGAAAAGCUUAUGGUUGGAAGAUUAACAUAAGAUGAUUGUUAACCUUUGAAGAAGAUAUGUCUUUAAUAACGAUUGAGUUUGAAUUUCAUGAAAAGAUCAACUUUCUUAUUACCUCUUUAUAUGAGAAUCAUGUGAUGGGAUGGGUCUUCUGAAGUUCCGAUAGAUCAGCUGUUAAUCAGCUGUCAACCUGCUGUUCACCUAGGUUAUAAAUAGUCCCCAUAUAGUCUACUAAAAAUCACACUAAAAAGGAAAAAUUCUAGAAAAUUCCUCGUUUCUCUCAUUUUCCUUCUUCAUCUUCUUUCUAGAAUUUUUUUUUUCUCUGCAACUAAAACCCUAGAAAUUGGUUCUUCUUCUUGGUAAUGGGAAUGGCGCAGAGAACGUGUGGCGGUAUACCGGAGAGGAAGAUUCGUCCGAUUGUCACCGAUUUUGAGAAUGCACAGUACAGGAACGCUAUGAAGCAAAUCGUUCAAUUAGAACCUAAAUUCGCUAAAUCUGCUUACAUUCCGUGGCAGCAUUAUUCAGAUAAGCCUGAUAGAGAAACGAACUGGCGUAAAAUUGUUGAAAGGAGGUCCCUUCUUCCCCGCUUAAUCCAUCUCUCUAUCCAGUGUGCAUCGCUACUCGAGGAAUAUGGAAAAGCCACCGGCUCUCCCAGUGAUUCCAAGUUGGUAUCUCAAACAGCUGCCCAGUCAGAAGUUUUUGCUCUGAUUUCGCGAUUUUCAGAAAGCCUCGACUUGUCUUUUGAUGUUGCAUCCAGCAUGAUUGCUGAAAUUUCAAGUGGGGAAAGAUCAGCGGAGGAUAUUCCUGUACAUAUUAUGAGUUUGAUGACCUUUGGUGUUUUUAUGGCUCUAUGGAGAUUGAGUUCACAUGAUGCGGAUGCAUUACAAAUGGUUAAACACAUAGGAGAUUACUUCCACAGAUUUUUAUAAUGUUUGGAGAAUGCUGGCCGCUGCAGAAAGUACCUCGUUAUUUACCCGAAAGGGAAUUUGCCAUUUAUCUAAAGAGCCUGUCAGGAAAGACCCGCAUCAUCAUGUUAGCUGGGUCUUAUUCUGUCUUCACGUUGAAAUGCUUAGUCUGUAAAAAAACUCAAAUUGUUCCUGAGGACCAGUGGAUCUCGUUUGCGUGUAAGCCAUUACGUGAUAAAUAUGCGCUUUCGUUUUACAGCGUAACUGAUGGGUCUACCGUUAAUCUAAACUCACGUCUUCUAGGCGGUAGGCGCCCACGUGCAAGAGAUAUUUGUUUUACUGAUGGCUCUAUGGAGAUAUUCAUCUCGAGCAAAUUUACAGGCUCAUGAGUUGUACCACCCUGUUGCUGAUGCAGAUGCCCUCAAUUAUGCUGCUGCAGCUGCUGCUGCACGAGAAGUGUUUCUCGAAGAGAUUCUUACUCGAUUGGUUUACUGGCUAGGCAACUUGCUGAUUCUGGAUUUUUCGGUGUUUCAUCAGCAGGCUUUAAAUGACUUUUCAGAACUGACCAAGGAAGAGCGUGACACGAUUUCAAACAAGUGCAUCCUAAGAGUGCGAAGGGAUAAUGGGUAUAGCGAUGCCAUAAAUGCUGCAAGAGUAUGCGAUUCCUUGAAGUUUCGUUUUGAGUCACGAUCCCCAGCUGAGCCUCCUGGCAUUUAUACUAAUGCUAAAAAGUAUUAUCGUCGUUUACGCAAGAAGGCUUUAGAGAGACGGAGGAAAUUUCUUGCAGAAAUAGAAGAACUGCGCAACGAGGAUUCAAAGAGACAAAGGGAGACUGCUGCGAAAGCUGAAGCAGACAUUACGAGUGAUGGUGAAAGUGAUUCAGAUUCUGACACAGAUUACUUUGGGAGUGAUAGUGAAAAUGAUACAGAUUCUGAUACAGAUUCCACUGAGAGUGAUGAUGAAAGCAACGCAGAUUCUGAACCAGAUUACAAUCAGAGUGAUGAUGAAAGCAACGCAGAUUCUGAAAUAGAUUACAGUGAGAGUGAUGAUGAAAGCUAUUCAGAUUCAGAAACAGAACACAUUGAGAAUGAUGCUGAAAGCCGUGUAAAAACAAGACACACUCAGAGUGAUGGUGAAAGUGAUUUACUUUCUGAAAUAGAAUACUCAGAGGAAAUGGCUGACCUUUUAGGCAUAGACAGGCAUAUGUUUAGAGACUGCAUUUGAGACGAUGCAGAGCCUCACUUUGGCAAUUCUAUUGACAGUUAUUUUUCUUCAACUUUACUUAUCAGAAAAUUUGUACCUUAUUAUGAUGUUAUAUUUCUGAAAUCCCAAAACAG